CAAACCAAGGUUUUGCCAGACCUUGAUGCUGCCCCCAUGUGAGGAUGUAGCAGGAGAUAGUCCUAGGUGGUGAGAAGCAUCCUGACAGCAAGCCAGGGCGGCCAAACUACCAUAGCCUCAUCGAAGAUUCAGCAUUACAAGGCAUCCCUCAAAACAUGGCAUUCCGUGGAGGCAGAGCGCUCGUGCAGGUGCUCCGCAACCUGGCGGCCUCAUCGUCGCCUGCAGCGCAUUCUAGUUCUGUGACCAGUCAGUGCGGGGCAGCUCUCUCUCCCUGCCUCGAAACCAGUUCUCAGUGGAUGCAUGCAAGGACUGUGUCCACAAGAUCAUGGACGUUGAUGCAGUCUGCUGCUCCCGAGGGGGGACCUGCGGCGGGCAAAGCAGAGAGCCAUCAGGUGAACCCGACCAACCAGAGGGAGGGCCAGCAGGGAAGCGCACCGAAUGUCGCCGCUGACAUAAGGGCGUCCCAUGAUUCGGGGCCCGCUUCUGGCAAGGAGAAGAGCUUCGAGGUCAAUCCGACAAACCAUGGGGAGAGUCAGCAGGGAAGCGCGCCGAAUGUGGCAGCGGAUGAGGGGAUGGUGAAGGGUGGGGCUGCUGGGGGUGGCGUGGAAGCAGGGGGGGAGGACGAAGACGAACCAGUCAGUAACCGGAACCCAGUCACGGGAGAGAUUGGGGGACCUCGGGGGCCGGAGCCUACGCGUUUUGGAGAUUGGGAGAAGGGAGGCCGAUGUACAGACUUCUAAUCUGUUUUGGUGACUGGUGCAUGCACUGAAUUGGAUUGCAUCACCAAAGAUUGGUAUGGACCAGGAGUGAGCUAGAUUUGAUUGGUAUUUAAGGUGUAGAGUGAAUUGUUGAGGAGAAAUUUGAAGACGCUUGCAAAGAUUGGUGGCUGCUGGUGUCCUCAGAAGGAUAUGACAAUGGAUUCCAUUGUGGUCAGGGAGCCAGUGCUCAGUGUAAUGGAGGGAGGUUUCGGCGAGCGUGCCUUUGUCCAGGGUCCUCUCAGAUUCACCCGCUGAGGUUGAUUGGCUUCAUUGAGACUUCCAUGCCCUUAUGUAGUCUGCUGCAAUUGCUGACCUACUACUCUGAUGUGGGUGUUCCAUGUACAUUGUACAUAUCUAGUUAGCCCGAGCAGUUCAGCACGUCUUAGUACUUGCUAUGAAACAAGAUCUGAGUACGUAGGCAUUGCUGAAUUAUAUGUAAGAAUUGGUUCUGAAAUGUACCUCCAUAUAACGAGUGCUUUUGAAAUGCAAGCUGAGGGAACCUACACGCGUCGUAUGUACGUUCGGCCCCAACCUUGCAUCCCAGACGGUGGCGCAUAGGAAGACAAUUGCAGCUUUUACCUUGGGACGUUGAUUCAAAUGCCGAACAUGGGCCUCCGUGUUGGCACCUGCAAAGCUAGCCGGCGUCCAUCCAGAUGGAUCUAGCUGAGCGAGCUCAAUCGUGAUGCCCUGGGUUGC